AUGCCCGCGAUGUUCGCAGUCCAUCAAGGAGGAGGUGCAGGGAGUGGUCCCGCUACAGGCUCUGCGCAGCUGGCAACAUUGCUGAAGCUAAGAAGUUAUGUGACUGUCGGCACGGUGGAGAAAACCAUCUCACCUGUUUUGAAGAAGUGGCAUACCCAGCCAGCAAUGGCCACACACGUGCUUACGCGCCUGCGACAAGCAAGACGAGCACACACCGCAUGGCAAGUGCUCCAGGUUAUGCGGAGCAGUGGUAUAGAGACGAACGUGAUACACUACAGCAGUGUCAUCAUAGCAUGUGAAAAUCAAGGCGCCUGGCAGCUCGCUCUGGAUUUGGUGGGCUCCAUGGUUUUGUCUAGAAUCGAGCAUGACGUGAUCAGCAUGAGUUCGGCCAUCAGUGCCUGUGAGAAGGUUGGGCAGUGGGGGCGAGCUCUUGCUCUGCUUGAGACGAUGAAGGAGCAACACAUCUGGCCAAACGUGGUGAGUUACAGUGCAGCGAUUUCUGCAUGCGAGAAGAAGGGUGAAUGGCAACAAGCUGUGCAACUGCUCGAGGCUAUGCAUGAGCAUCGCGUUUCGCCAAAUGAUAUUACUUGCAACAGUGCGAUCAGCUCAUGCGAGUUGCAUGGGCAGUGGUUGGUUGCGGUAGACUUGCUGAACAUGAUGCCCGCGCUUGGGGUUUUGCCGGAUGUGAUCUCCUUCAACAGUGCUUUGAGCUCUUGUGAGGAGACUGGGUUCUGGCAACUGGCCUUGAGUCUUUUAUCGGGGAUGCAACAGACCCAGUUGGCUCCCAACAUACGCACAUGCAACAGUGUGAUGAAUACUUUGCAAGCAGAUGGCCAGUGGCAGCGAGCUUGGAGUCUUCUAAGCUUGAUGAGAUUGAAGCUCGUCAUUCCUGAUGUCACCACCUGCAGCAGAGCCAUUGAAUGCUGCGAGAGGGGCAGCAGGUGGCAGCUCGUUGCAGCUUUGGUGUGCUCGAUGCAGGAGGUAAACCUGGAGAAGACACUGACGUCAAUGUGUGCAGACCGUGCAAGAUUCCUAAGCCGGCGCUGUUUGAUUCUGGUUUGUGGCACGGAUGGCUUCGUUGACAGCAUUGCCGGGCCGAUCGAACGCAUCAAAAUGCCGGAUGGUCAGAAGAGGAAGCAGCAGGGAAAGCUCGGUGGCUUGCUGGCAGAGUUGGGAUACACGUCGUCCCAGGUUCACAAGUUCUGA